AUGGAUUGGAAACUGAACAGAUUCGAUACCUUGGUGGAAAUGGUGUCUUUUCCAGCCCCUACAGACUCCACCGCAACCACGAGGCUGCAGUUGGAGACGGAAACACCUAUACGAGAAUAUUACGAAACAAUUCUUGAAGAUGGUUCGCAGAGCAUGCCCGAACUGACAAUUGGUGAACACGUGAAUUUCUUGAAGUAUUUUCUGCUGAACGAACUUCCAGCCCCAUACAAGGCAUACGACGCAUCUCAUCCAUGGCUGAUGUAUUGGUUGACCAAUGGACUAGAAUUGCUGAAAGUGGACUUGAGUGAGUACUACAAACAGAUCUCGAAUACCGUUAUCUCGUAUGGUAGCGCUGGAAUGGGUGGUGGCAUGGGCCAAAUCCCUCACGUGGCCUCCACUUAUGCUGGUCUCAUGACCUUGGCCAUUACCGGAGAAAACUGGAAAGACAUUGACAGAAGAGGAACGUAUGACUGGCUCAUGAGUCUCAAAAACGCAGAUGGCUCGUUCAAAAUGCACUCGGAUGGUGAGACAGAUGCAAGGGCUGUUUACUGCGCUUUAUGUGUGGCACGGGUGCUUGAUAUCAUGACUUCUGAGCUCACAGAGAACACCGUUGAAUGGCUGUCCCGGUGUCAGACCUAUGAGGGUGGGUUUGGUGGAACCCCGGAUGAUGAGGCUCAUAGUGGAUACACUUUCUGUGCUGUGGCAGCUUUAUGUAUAUUGGACUCGCCGAAAAAUCUGAAAUCGAAGUGCGAUUUGGACCGGCUGGUGGACUGGAUAAGUGCCAGGCAAUUGCCCGUGGAAGGUGGGUUCCAAGGGAGGACUAAUAAACUGGUGGACGGCUGUUACUCACACUGGACGGGUGGAUUGGUUCCAUUGAUAGAGAUGUGUCAGCCUGAAUAUUUUGACAAAAUUAUCUCCAGAGAAGCUCUCGAAAACUACAUCCUAUGCUGCUGUCAGGCCCAAAACGGUGGUUUAAGAGAUAAGCCCGGCAAGAGCCCAGACUUCUACCAUUCCAACUACGUUCUGUGUGGAUUGUCAAUGUGCGAGAACAAGUACGAAUUGAGACCAGAUAAUUUGUUUUCGUAUAAUGUUACGCCUUUGAAAGAGCCGACAGUGGUGGCUAUCGAUCCUAUUUUUGGUGUUCCAAAUGGCAAAGUUGAAAAAUUCAGGUCUUUUUGUGCGGCUCAGAAGUGGUAA